GACGCGUCCAGCCUCUACGUGCCUCACUUUUCCACCGCGGUGCAGACCUCCAUCAUGUUGCUCCCCGUUUUACUGUCGGCGGCGCUGCUUUUCCGGGCUGAGUGUUACUUUUCGGAGGAGAAGUAUCCGGAGGAGUCGAAAAUGCAGCCUCCCACCGUGGUUCUCGCCAUCAUAGCCCGGAACGCCGCUCACUCGCUGCCAUACUUCCUCGGAGCUCUGGAGCGGCUCAGCUACCCCAAAGACCGCAUCUCUGUGUGGGCAGCCACAGAUCACAACUCUGACAACACCACAGCCAUACUGAAGGAGUGGCUGACUGUCAUGCAGAAAUAUUACCAUUACGUUGAGUGGAGGCCGAUGGACAAGCCCACGUCUUAUGCAGGAGAGCUGGGUCCUAAACACUGGCCCAGCAGCAGAUACGAGUAUGUGAUGAAGCUCAAACAGGCAGCGCUGAACUUUUCCAGGAAACGCUGGGCUGACUACAUCCUGUUUGCUGACACAGACAAUAUCCUCACCAACCCAGACACCCUCAGCCUGCUCAUAGCAGAAAACAAGUCCGUCAUCGCCCCCAUGUUGGACUCUCAGGGAGCGUACUCCAACUUCUGGUGUGGCAUCACUCCACAGGGUUAUUAUCGCCGAACAGCAGAGUACUUCCCCACACGGUACCGUCACAGACUGGGCUGCUUCCCCGUCCCGAUGGUCCACAGCACCCUGCUGCUGGAUUUAAGGAAGGAGGGCAUGAAGAAUCUGGCUUUCUACCCUCCCCAUGACGACUACUCAUGGCCUUACGAUGACAUCAUCGUGUUUGCCUUCUCCUGCCGCGCUGCUGCGAUCCAAAUGUACCUGUGCAACAAGGAGCGCUACGGCUACCUGAACGUUCCCGCCAAACCUCACCAAACACUGGAGGACGAUCGCCUCAACUUUGUCCACGUCCAUCUUGAGUCGAUUAUCGAUGGUCCACGCAUGUAUCCUUCUCGAUUCGUCCACAUGUUCCCAAAACAGAGAGACCUGAUGGGAUUUGACGAGAUAUUUCUGAUUAAUCUGCGGCGCCGGUCGGACCGAAGAGACAGGAUGUUGUUCUCUUUGAAUGAGCUGGAGAUUGACGUCAAAGUGGUGGAUGCUGUGGAUGGAAACGCACUGAACAGCAGCGACAUUAAAUUCUUGGGUGUGGACCUGCUGCCGGGUUACUACGACCCGUUCUCCGGUCGCACUCUCACCAAAGGGGAGGUGGGUUGCUUCCUCAGCCACUACUACAUCUGGAAAGAGAUCGUGGACAUGGAGAUGGACAAAGCCCUGAUCUUUGAGGACGAUGUUCGCUUCGAGGCCAACUUCAAGCGACGAGCGCUCAGGCUGAUGGAGGAAGUGGAGCUGGUGGACUUGGAUUGGGACCUCAUAUACUUUGGCAGGAAGCAGGUGAAUCCUGGAAAGGAGAAGCCCCUGGAGAACGUUCAGAACCUGGUGGAGGCUGACUACUCGUAUUGGACUCUGUCCUACGCCAUCUCGCAGCAGGGAGCCCAAAAACUGCUCAACGCCGAGCCGCUGUCCAAGAUGCUGCCUGUGGAUGAAUUCCUCCCCAUCAUGUAUGACAAACAUCCCAAGUAUGACUACAAGUCCCAUUUCCCAAACAGAAACUUACAAGCCUUCAGUACACGCCCCCUUCUGGUGCAGCCAUGUCACUACGCCGGUGACGCUCAGUGGGUGAGCGACACCGAGACGUCCACGCUGUGGGACGACGACUCGGUAAGGACCGACUGGAGGGGCUCCCACAAGACCCUGAAAGGGUCCGCGCCCGAGAUGCUGUCGGCUGCGUACAGGGACGAACUUUAGUUGGAGGCCUGCGAGGUCAAAGGUCAUCAGGUCAAAGAGGAGCGCGCCGAGAGAAGUUGUUUUACGUCAAAGACAUGCUCGGUGCCUGAUGAACUGAACUUUGAGUCUUUCAAAGUGUUUUAAUACGUGUUUUAUACAAG